AUGAAGUUCAUGGACAAACUGCCGACGGUGAUCAGCUGUUGCUUCUGUUGCUUUUUGAGAGCUGGCACCGUUAUGAUAGCGCUGGUUUCGUUUUUAACCGGUCUUCUAUUCGCUCCCAAUGUGAACCACACGCGCGGCUUUUGGGAUAUGGACCCAGUGCUGUCCUACUAUAGUGCUGCGACGGAGAACGCCCUGCAGGUGGUGUUGGGAGCUGUCUCCGUGCUGUUGUGCUUCGUCAGUGUCCUGCUGGCUAUCGGCGCUUUGUGUAACCUUCCAGCCCUGAUCGAGAUCUACCAGUGGGGGGUACUGUUCUACGGCUGCACGGUGUUCCUGCUGUUCACGAUCCUGGACAUAUUCUGCUUCUUCGUGCACACCAACUGCGCGGUAGCUGGGGCCGUUCUGCUGGGCCUGAUGGUUGUCAUUGUUCUUUUGACAAUGUACUUUAUCAUUGUGGUGAACAGCCUUCGGAUGUCGAUGAAAUACCUCAACAACGACGAAUUCGUCUUGUGA